AUGAUUUCGUUGCUAAUUAUCGUGCUGUUAAUCCAACACUGCUUCUUCUUCGCUUCCUUUACAACUUCUGUUACUAGUGCUGCUGGUAGCUAUUACAAUAAUGAUGAACAUGAUGCAGCAGCUCUCCUCCAACUCAAAGCCCGCAUCAUCCUCACCAACUCUUCUUCCGAUCAUCCUCUCUCCGGCAACUGGACCGCCGCGGCGGCGGCAUCCCAAGUCUGUAGCAGCUGGGCCGGCGUCUCAUGCGGGCGUCGCCACAGGAGAGUGACCUCCUUGAAUCUGUCCAACAUGGGGAUGCAGGGGACUCUGCCUCCCCACAUUGGUAACCUCUCCUUCUUGGUUUCUCUCGAUCUCAGCGGCAAUCUCUUCCGUGGGGAUUUGCCCAUGGAGCUGUCUAAGUUGAGAAGAUUGAAGAUCAUCAACUUUUCUAAUAACCAGUUCGGAGGCGACAUCCCAGCGUCGCUUGGGGAUCUUAGGGGUUUAAGGGUGCUGGAUUUGGAGGGAAACCGGCUUUCAGGCGGCAUACCAACGUCAAUUUUCAACAUUUCUUCCCUGGAGAGAUUGAUAUUGGCACAUAAUCGUUUGUCCGGAAGCCUGCCCGAUGAUAUGUGCAUCCAGAUUGGGAAAAUCGAGGUGCUUAGUGUGUUUCGCAAUGCUUUGACAGGACAAAUUCCAUCCCGAUUGGGGCGUUGUGGCAAUCUUCGGGGCCUGUCGUUCGCCGGCAAUUGGUUUACCGGACCGAUCCCAAAGAGUGGGAUACCAUCUGCAAUAGGCAACUUUAGGAGAUUGGAGACACUCUGGCUGUGGCAUGCUGGCCUUUCUGGUUCGAUUCCUUCCGCGAUAUUCAAUGUCACUACUCUUCAAGACGUGGAUCUGUCGAAAAAUAAGUUAUCGGGAGUUUUGCCGGAUGAUUUAUUUUCUGGUGCACGGAGCCUCCAACAGUUGCGUUUGCUUGAUAACCAACUGCACGGCGCGAUUCCUACGAGUAUUGGAGAUUGUGCGAGUCUGCGGAUUGUAGGAUUGUCUACUAACCAGUUCUCUGGAAGCAUUCCAGCGACAAUUGGGAAUUGCACCAUGCUCAGGGAAUUAUUUGUGGGCAAAACUAAUUUGACA